AUGACCAAUAAGUGUGAAGAUGUCAGUUUCCACGAUGAAAAUGUCCCCUGGCAAUACUGUCCGUCAUUUCCAGCGGCCGUACUGUUUGCAGUACUCUUUUUCAUUGUCACGGUGACCCAUAUCGUCCAAACCAUCAUGUUUCGAAAGAAGUUCUGCUGGGUUAUCAUCAUGGCAUCCGCGUGGGAGACUCUCGGAUUUGCGCUACGGUCUUAUUCCACUCAGAACUUGCGAUCCCUAGGACCUUUCGUGCCAUCGCAGCUUCUUAUUAUCCUUUCUCCUCUAUGGCUCAAUGCUUUUGUUUAUAUGGUGCUGGGACGCAUGAUAUAUUUCUUCUUGCCCGAAAAGAAGUGCUUUGGCAUCACAGCGAAGAAACUCACGCUAAUAUUCGUUCUCCUUGAUAUUACUGCUUUUUUGGUACAAGGCUCUGCCGCAAGUAUGUUGUCAGGGGAUAAUAAAAAAUUAGUGAAGAUAGGCAUAUAUCUAUAUAUUGGAGGCAUCGCGGUGCAAGAAUUCUUCAUCCUCGUUUUCUUUGGCCUUGCCCUCCGUUUUCAAUAUAAAAUGUCUUUCGUCGAUGCCAUCCAUCCGCCUUCUUACCCCUGGCGUCCCCUCCUUUACAGUGUCUAUGCUGGAUUGAUUCUGAUCACUGUACGCAUUAUUUUUCGGCUAUGCGAAUACUCACAGGGCGUCGAUACUCCUCUUUCUAAAAACGAAGCCGCUUUUUAUGUGCUCGAUGCUGCUACCAUGUUUAUUGCCAUACUUCUUUUCAACGUCAUUCAUCCAGGCCAGUCACUCGUCGGCCCAGAGAGUGAGUUUCCCAAAAAGGAAAAAAAGGCAAAAAAGAGAAAAAAUUUCCGAAGGAAUAAGAAUGAAAAUGAUAUGGAGUCGAAUGUUGAGGGGAAUGAGUUUUCACUGCAGAGUCAGGAACCACAGCGGGAUUAUAGAUGA